AAGCACGGAAAAGGAAACGACACACCGGUAGAUCCGAAACUGUUCCCCGCGAGACGUUCGUUUAGUAAAGUACAAAAAACAACGAUUUUGUGUGUUUAAAGUGGCUGCUUCAGUUUCGUCUAUACUGCAUAAUUUAGCUAGAGGUCACAUUUACAUUGACACGAGUGGUUAGAGAAUGUGUAGACUUUAUAUAACUCCUAGUUGUAAAGACCUAAGCUAGCAACGGCGGUUAUUAACACGCACACCUUAGCACCAUGGACAGAGAGUGUGUGUCACUGCUGCCCCGGGUCUGUGAGGUGCUGGCGGCCUCAGGAAGCUCGCUGCCCGAUGACACCAUUCUGGAGAAACUGCUGGACUGGUUCACAGCGCUCACCGAGGCUGGGGAGUCUCUGCUGGAGGCCUGUCCCUGUCUGCUUGAGUUCAUAUCUGCUGUGAUUCAUGACACGGCUUCAGCCCCAGGUGUCCUCUCCUUCACUCUCAGACUCAUCGGCUUAUUGGCUGCUGCUGAGGAUGACUUCAGAGUUCUUAAGGAGUCCUUAGUUCUGGAUCUUGUCUUUAGCUGUCAGCACUGGCAGGAGUUAGGGCUCUGGGGGGAUCCCUGCAUACGGAUUGGCUGGAUCCAGGGCUUAAGGACCACACUGCAGCAUCCAAAAGGUCUUAGCUUCUUUAUACAAGCAGAUUUCAUUGAGCCACUUCUGCAACUCCAGACAGACACAAGCCUAUUUGUUGCCUCAGCUGCCAAUCAAAUGCUCACCCACGUCCUGCUGUUCUGUCAGCCUGUCUCAUCUAUAGGAUGUAAUGGCACCGAUAAGAAGGAAGAUGAGCAGAACACAAGCGUGUCCAAGGCAGUUGUAGAAAACCCAGCCGAUCCCAUGGAAAUAAACCAAGAUUGCACCGCUGUUGUCGUUGCAAUCUCAGAGUACCUCAAGAGGGCGCUGGGGGUUCCCAAGGGAAGCACACAGCUUCAUCAGUGUCAGCAGACCCUCAGACUGCUGGCCCUGCUCCUGGGCCAGACCAAGCCUCCUCUGCGGGACAAGCUGCUGCAGACAGUCACAGCUUCUCUGGAGGAAAUGGUGGCAGCAGAUUGUAGUGAACUCACACUGCCUCUGAUGGAUGUCAUUCUAGCUGCAUGCAGCCGCGUCCCAGACCAACGCAUCACCCGUCUUUUAACUUUCAUGUUGAACGUCAGGAAACCUGCUGACCUUGUCCAUGCUGCAGCUGCUUUUCUCCACGGCGGCCAUCAUGACCGUGUCCACACAGCUCAGUCUGUGAGAUUACUGCUGCUACCCCUCGACAUCAUAUCUGGCCAGAACCUACUAGGCACAAACACUGCAGGAGACAUGCAUCGGUUUGCCAUGACUGAGCAGCUGAAGAGCAAAACCUCCUGCAUCUCCAUGAUCAGUGUGUGUCUAACAAACACUCCUCAGAUCGCACACAUGGAUCCUGACUGCCUCCCCUGCGCUCCGGAUUUAAUCGUGUCUGGAAUUCUGUCGUUACUGAGGAUCUGCAGCGGCGACUCGUCCUCCUCGUCCGCUGGCUGUAGUGAAGUUUUCAGGAAUGUCAUUGGCAGUGGGAAAGUUCAGAAAUGUGCUCUAGAGGCUCUGACAGCUGUCAGUAACAGCCCAGGAGCAAAUGGCAAGCUGACUGACGUGCUCACACUUCUGAUACAGUAUCUGGACAAUCCUGAUUCUGAUCCCACUGUGCUACAUAAGUCCUACCAAGCCUUGGUAAAGUGGAUGAGUGUUUGCACAGACAUCUCCUUUAUAACAGACCAGCUCAGACACGAUCUCGUCCAGGUGGUGAAGAAGCGUGCGUGUGACAUGCGCUGGGAGGUAAGAGACUCAACGAUGGAGUUUCUGGGGCACCUGGGAGCGAUGCGUGUCUGCCAGGCGUCAGCUGCCUCUGAGGCCCUGCUGGGUGGCUGCUGCUGUACCACUCCUCUCCUCAGGGAGGCUCUGCAGGAUCCAGAGAGUUAUGUGAGAGCCAGUGCAAUCAAAGCACUGGCACAGACAGUGAUGCACAGCUGGCAGGAGGGGGCAGCACCCACACAGGAGAAGACUGAAAUCGUGACCCGGCUGCUUGAGAUUCUCUCCCAGGACACAGAAGGGUUUGCCAGGAGGGCUGUUGUACAGUUCUUCAUCGCCUGGUUCUCUUCACAUACGUCACACACGCCCCCGUCGUCACCUGCCUCCCCCUCCUGCUCUCUCCUCAUGCAGUCUGUACGCUCCGUCCUCUCACGAGGCUGUGCCGAUCUGGACUGGGAGGUCAAAGUUCACACGCUGGAGCUGGCGGAGUUGCUGCUGGACAAAGCCUUUUUGGGGCACAGGAGUUACACGAAGGGCUCGGACGCAUGUCCGGCCCAACCACACGCGUACGCUGUGAUGCCUGACCGAGCCUACACACUUCACACACACGGAGACACGCACGCACAGGACGUGGAGUCAGAUUUAGUCGAAGUGUUGAAGAAUCUGGUUGAGCAGGGAGUCAUCUCUGCAUUGCUGAGCGGUCUGGUUGACUGCGAUAGGCCUGUAGCUUUAAAGGCCUGUAGACUGCUGAUAACACUCAGAGUGACAGUUUGUCCAGCAUUGCAAGGGGACCCAGAUGUAUCUGCUGCCACGGCGACAGUUGCCAGAGUGUCCUGUGAGCUGCCCAGAGCAGGUUGGGCACAAGAGAUCAGAAAGAUACUGGGUGUAAGGAGUGAGGCUAAUGCUGAGAGAGAUUUAAAUGUACUCAAUGCCACCAGCUUUGAAGACCACAGCGAGGAAGGAGCGAACGCUGUGAGUCACUGCGAGCGCGUAAGCGUGUGUGAAGCGUUGGGCUCUCUGGGUUUGGACGAGAGGCUGGAGAUCCUCAGUAGAAGCAGUGACCAUGUGCAUAACUCGCCCCUCUCACUACUGCAGGACAUACUAACUGCGAGCACCUCUCACACUGAUUCAAACACACAACCAGGGCAAGAGGUCAUAGUGGACUGCUACUAACGCACACACACGCAAUACGAAUAAAUCAAGGCACAUUUCUCUUUAUGCUGUUGCAAUAUUCAAAUUUGUUGAAUCCAAGAGGAGCACGCUAAUUGUGUUUGGGUUUUUUUGUUUGCUUGUUUACUUCUUUCACCUGGGUAAUUGCAAUGCAGCAGCUGAGUUGUAAUCAAAAAGUUUUGUGACUCCACUCAAUAAAAACCUGAUUUAAAUGUGCCCACUGUCACCUGCACCUUUACACCACUCACAGUGCCGCUGCUAUGCAUCGCUCCCAGCUUGGAUGUCCAGGAUCAUCCCUGGAUCUCAGCUAUGACUCAGACUCAGUGUAGUCUAAAGCCCCAAAGGUGGCGCUGUAGGUGAGACCAGGAGAGUGGUUGUUGAUUUUUCUGACCUACUUCUGAAUUUGUCCCCGGGGAUCACCCCCUCAGUGCCAAGUUCUCCCGUAGCACCCCGAAGCGUCAAAGGGAGAACGUUCACUCCAAAUUACACACAGCUCACUGAAAAGGCAGAUUUGGCUCCCUGCGACUUUGUCCUCUCUUCCGCAACAAAAUUCAAGUUGAAGGCUCGCAGUGGAGGAGAUCCAGCCCUCAGGAGGAGAGAAACAUAAAGGCACAGUGACAGCAUUUUUACACCUGUACUUACAAACCUUUUUGAUCAUAUUUCAUGUAAUUAAUUAAAAAAACAAAACAUCAUCCUAUAAGGACCCCAGCCACAUUUAAAACAUAUAGCUAUAGCAAUGUGUUGUAGUAAAUUGUCAGCAUUUGUUUGCUGUUAGUGCACCAUUUUAAAUGAGAAUAUGAGCUAAAUAUAGACAAUCCCAGAGUUGAUGUGAAGCAAAAGAGUUGCCAAACACUUUCUUUGCCAUGUCCAACCUGCCACUGAAUGAUGUCACAGUGGCCACUCACAUAAGUGGGAUGUAAAAGCUCAACUGAAGUUUAUUUACAUCAAAAUCCUCUAAAUAA